AUGGUGCAGACGCUGGUGCUGCGUGCGACGCAGGACGACGUUAUUUGGCCACGCCGCCCCUUAGUCAGCAGCAAAGGACUUCUGUCAUGUGUGCAGAAUCUGCCGCUGAGCUCGUACGAUAAGCGUCCCACAACUUUCCGCGCCGUGGCCUUCAAUGUAUCUGGUGAGCUGCUGGCAGCCACGGACGAGCGCGGCCACAUCUUCGUCUUCUUCGUGACCGCCAACCGCUAUUCUUUGGUGCAGCACUUAGGCGUACCCACCAUCAGCUGUUGCUUCAGUCCCAGGCGUAAGACGGAGCUGCUCGUGACCUGCGAGGACGAGACCGUGCGCUGCAUCGACGUACAGUCGCAGACCCUCAUCAGCACACUCCGAGGUCAUCGACUGCCGGCUCGAUGUGCGUCGUUCCAGAAAUCAGGGCAAUUGGCGCUCACAGCCUCGCAAGACGCGGUGAUUCUGUGGGAUACCAAGGACUGGUCGAGAUAUCGUGUGCUCAAUGCCGGACCUGGAGUGGAAGAGGCAAUCUUCGUGACGAAAGGAAACCUCGUGGCCGUGUGUUUCCAGGAUGAUACGAUCAUGAUGUGGGAACUAGAGUCACUCGCUUUGAGAUACAGAUUCUCAUUGCCCGAGAAGGAACAGUCGCCAGGACUCCAGAAAAUCGCGGUCUCAGACGAUCAUCAAGUGCUGGUGGCCAGUGGCCGAGCACCGUUCAUUUACGUGUGGGAGUUCGAGUCUCAGACGAUUAUCCGGAUUAUUGAGCUGCCACCUCCGAUUAAACAGGUCGUCAGUCACGCUUUCCUUCCUGGACACAACUCAAUGCUCAGCAUCUUAGCUGAUGAUGGAGGAGUCUUUUUCCUCGACGUUGCGGCAAAGAGCCCCCAGAUUAAACUGGAAAUCUCCAACCGAGGCCGUACUGCUACCGCGUUUGAUAUCGAAUGCCAUGCUCGCUAUCUCGCAGCGUCUACCAGCGAUGGCUUCCUGCUCUUGUACGACAUGGAAAUUACUAGAGAAACGGCGGCUCGCGCUCAAGAGCGACGGAGAAAGGAGGGGUUGUUAGAGCUAGGAGACCAUGCUCGCUUACGCACUCGAUCUGGCCGCCCAGUCGCUUCGAAGCUAAUUGACAGUUUGUUCGGAGCGAAAUACCCAAGACAUGGCGCAAGUGCCACGCGAGCGCGUGUUCGAGCAACAGGAGGCUCCUUCACUGUACCAAGUAAAGAUGUAAAAGACAGCGAAUGUCUAACGUUACGGGAAAGAGUUCGUACUCGGCGCACGAACCCAUUAACGCGUCCUUUUGCUCAACUGUCAGCCCAAGAGAUCGAGGUGAAUCGCAAACGUCUCGUUGGUAGCUUGAAGGUUAGUGGCAUGUUCCCGAGGAAAUACCGCGUUCUCGUGUGGCGCUUCCUUCUUCGUCUGCCCAAGAAUGAAGAAGCGUUCCGUUCGUUGGUGGCGAAAGGCAAACACCCGGUAUUUGUCCGAUUAAAGGACCAUUACCCGCUGCAAGAUGGCCGUCUCUUUCGACGUCUCCACCGCCUUCUUUCAGCAAUUGUUUACUGGUGUCCAGCCUUCGGUGAAGUGAGCUAUCUGCCUGCUGUGGUGUAUCCGUUCGUCAAGAUCUUUCGAGAAAAUGACCUGGCAGCUUUUGAAGCGAGCAUCAGCGUACUGCUCCACUGGUGCGGAGACUUCCUCAUCAGUCUACCGUAUCCACCGGUCUUUGCUAUGCGUGCAAUCGAGCACGAAUUGGCUCGACGGGAUUCCCAGCUGUUUGACCACUUUACGCGCUACCAAAUUACGUCCGAGGCGUUCGCUUGGAGUUUGCUAAAGACUAUUUUCACGGAAGUGCUCAGCGAAGACGAGUGGGUGUGUCUGUGGGACCAUCUCUUUGCGUUCUCGGACACUCCCCAGCUGAUCUACGUGGCUGUACUGGCCUAUCUGUCCUACUUCCGGACCGCUCUCCUCGCUGCUUGCGAUAGAUUUUCGAUCGAGCAGUUUUUCCACCAGCAGAACGCGAUUGACAUCCAAAAGUUUGUUCAGCUCAUGAUGAAUCUGCGAGAGAAGCUGGAUCUGAGCGAACCGUACUGGCCACUGUCAAGGGGACAGUACCCUGCGUUUGCCCACUAUCCACGGUUUGUAGUGGACUUCCAGAUCAGCGAACGUAAUCGGAUCGCUUUGGAGGAGGCAGAGCUGGCUCGUAAGCAAUCGCUUUUUGAUCAGAUUGAACAAGACUCGGCGAAACUUAAGGCGGAGCAUGAGAAAUGGAUGAAGGAGAGAAAAAUUGUCUUGGAGGCCGAAGAGCGUCGACGAAAAGAAGCUAUAGCUGCUGAAAAGGAGAGGAUACUUCACCUUAAAACGCUCGACUACCAGACUCGGAAGCGGAGACUGCAGCAUCUCAGCAAUAUGGAGAAAUCUGCCAGUGAAUCACUGGAGGAAGCGUCUAAAAUGUUGCAAACGGAGUAUCAGCGGAUGGAAAGUGCGCUGGCAAUGCAGAAGGAGCGAAUGGAGUUCGAGAUUUCGUCUCGUAAGCAGGAAGAAGACUUGCAGCGAGUCGAAGUUGAGACGCACGACCGUGUGCGAGGGAUCCACAAACAGCGCGAAAUGGAAGAGCGAUUGUCGCGGCUUCGUACUGAGUUUGAGACUCGAUUAAAGCAGCAAGAACUUCAGUAUUUGCUGAAAUUUGAAAGCUGGAAGAGGGAGGAUGAGGAGCAGACGAGAAACGCCAGGGCUAAGCUACGUCAACGAGAGGAGACUGUUGGAGCAGCAACUUGCUAA